AUGUCCAACCGUGCCGAAAGAGAAGCUGAGGACAACUACGAGGCCGAGAACGACACCUCGCCCGUCUCAGCCGACGUUGUCGACAACUCCUACGUCGGCGAGACACGCUCUGAGCUCCGCAACCAGGUCCCCGUUCAGCCCGACCAGGCCGGCUACGAGGAUCCCAUGCAGCCUCCCUACUCGAACACGGACCAGCAGCUUGCCGACGACGAGAGAGAGGCCAUUGACAAGAACAAUAUUAUGCCCGGUGAUCGGCUGCGUCACGCAAAGCCCCAGACUGCGAACAGGUACAAUGAGGGCCCUGACGAAGAGGAUCUGCCUGAUGUUGUGAGAUACGGAGACUCGGGUGUCUCCGGUACAAAGCGCUUGUCUUAA